AUCCACGUCUAGAUGUCUGAGAAUGGAUUAAUAUUUAAAGAAAAAAGUUAACUAAUUUUGGUCAAACUGCGUCCACCCAAAUCCCACGAAGAUUCAGAAGAAGAAGAACCAGUCGUGACUAGUAAAUAGUGGCUUACGGAACCUUACUUCUGGUGUAGGGCGAAAAAAGGACGAAAGGACACUGCUGGAAGAGACUACGCUACUGUAAGGGAGCACAAUGUGUGCUCACAGGUUGUGGCCCACCGUCCAGGCCCUUGGCCGUGGUCUCAUAACAAACCGCAAUGAAAUUAUCCAGCAAGGUGUCCGAGCGUAUAAUGUCCAGAACUUCAACAGUGGAUACUUGGGUGGUCAGGGAUACCAGCAGCAAAAUGUGGUGCCCGGCAGCGACAGCCUCACCUGGUCUCAGCGUGUUACGCAUAACUCCCGCGGAGGCUUCAGCAAAGUUGUGUCUCGUUCUUUACACUGUGGAAAUGUAUUUUUCGUGAAAGAGUUUCAGGACUUGGAAAACGAACAUGCCCAUGCCAUUUUAAGGUCAUUGCCUGCUUAUAGUACAACUACUGUUGGUAAAGAUUGUCCAGACUCUUCUUACUAUCAGCAUGCUAUGUAUUGUUCUGGUGUUGAUUGGGAAAAAUGUAGUGCACAAGAGGUGGCAGAUGGUUUUAUCGCCAUGUCCCAGCUGUGUCGUCACCAACCAAUGGACCUGGAAGAUGCGCAGCAUUCUAGUUUGUGUGGCGAGUUGACGAAAAAGUUGACUCAGUUGAGCGAUCAGCAGUUAUUGAUGAUCCUCUCAUCCCUGGCGCUUUGGCCGCAAACCUCCACAUCCACAACGCCCAACUUUUUGAGUCUGUGGAAUCGUCUGGACCAAGUUUGCACUCAGAGAAUGAAAAAGUGGGAUAUGUCACAAAUGUUUUUAGUUGCAGAUCACUGGUAUGCUCUGAAGCUUUCCAAACUGUCAACAUACAAUGUACAGAUGACGAAAAUUUUAGGUAGGAGAGUGGGGUCCAUGGAACCCACUCAGCUCGUUCAGUAUCUUUUUUAUGCUAAUUUAAGUAGAAAAUUAGAGCCAUUUAUUGUGAUGCGAGAGUUAGAAAAACGACUAACAGAAGUGUUAGAACACGUAUCUAUAGAGGAACUAGGGGUCAUUGCUAUGGGUUUCUUCAAAACACAGACCUUUUUAAAAAGUGAAAAACUGAUUGACGCAAUCAUUGACAAAACCCAAGAAAAUCUUGAGUUUGUGUCCGAUGCCUCACUCUGCGCUAUCCUGAAGAUUCUUCGAAAAAGCGUUCCCGGCACGAGAUGGAAGUCGCUGCAUAACUUGCUGGAAUCACUGAAGCCGCAGCUUCCCAGGUUGAACCACAUGUGCCUUCUUCAGGUAGCGUUAGUAGGAAACAACUUACUUGUUUUUCAUGGUGAUGUGAUCAAUGCAAUUGCAACGAGGUUUGCUAGUGAAGUUAAAUCUCUGAGACUGAAGGACAUCGAAAGAAUUACUUUUGCGUUGAUGCUUUACAACUACAUACCGCCAGACUGUCCCGAUAUUUUCGUGAAAAUUGCGGAGGAAUUGAGACAAAAGGAGCGGAUCAGUGAAAUCAACAUGUAUCCAAAGAGCUUUGUGUCGUGCGUUGUGUACCUGGUCAACAUGGGAAUAUUUGCCCUCGAUUUGAUCUCUGCUGCCCUCCAACCCUCAAUGUUGAGUCUUUUGAGUAAAAACAGCAAUUACUCGGAUAUGGGACGGGAGGUGAAUGAACUAGACUGGGCUCUGGAGUUAGAGGGUCCAGCAGGUUACCCUGGAUACAGACUAGACCCUGAAAGCAGAUUCGAGUUAACCAAAAAAUACAUAGCUAGAGUGCCUAGCAGAUCCACAAGAGACCCAACUCAUCAGGAGAAGCUCAUUUUAGAAGUCCAGGAUAAGUUAGCAGCCAUGUUGGGCGGAACGAACUUCGUCACCAUCACAAAUGUGUUGCCUCACGUACAGACUCCUGAUUUGGUGUUUUGCACCUCAAACGAAGGAGACCCAGUCGAACUCCCCAGUGAGUACCUGGACCUUAAACCUGCAGCCCUUAAAUAUCCAUGUCCAUCCUAUGGAGGCUUGCAGUGGAAUGCGGUUAUUAUUGGCGGGCGCAACGCCUUCAUACGAAACACAAAUCACUUGCAGGGCAACGUUCAAAUGAAAAAGCGCCAGCUUAGCCGUCUCGGAUACCAUGUGUGUGUGGUUCCUCACAUGGAUUACAGUCGUAAGAACCUUCGCACAAAACUCGCGUGCUUAGAACGCAUUUUAAAGGAAGGUUCUACUCUUGCAAUUGAUGGCCGCACUGAAAGUGCAUUGGUUACUCUGAAAGGUCAGGUUGUCCAGCAAGAAGAAAUGUAUGGGUGAAAAAAUUUAUAAUCUUGUAAUGAAGCUUUGUAAUAAACUGCUUGUUUUA